AUGGAGGAAGUGGCACUUCAGCUGAGUCUCAAAGGACUCGAUGAGAACAUUGAGGUACAGGAUGGGGAGAGGGGCACCGGUAGGGGAGAUUCCCAUGGGAGGAAGGGAGAAGCCCUGACCCCUCUCAUCUCGUUCCUUCCCAGGCACAGCUCCAUCAAAGCUGAUGAGGCCGCCCACACAGCUCCCUUCCACCUCGACCUCUGGUUCUACUUCACCCUGCAGAACUGGAUUCUGGACUUUGGCCGCCCCAUUGCCAUGCUGGUGUUCCCUCUUGAAUGGUUUCCGCUCAACAAGCCCAGCGUGGGGGACUACUUCCAUAUGGCCUACAACAUCAUCACGCCCUUUCUCCUGCUCAAGCUCAUCGAGCGGUCGCCCCGCACCCUGCCCCGCGCCAUCGUCUACGUCAGCAUCAUCACCUUCAUCAUGGGCGCCAGCAUCCACCUGGUGGGCGACUCGGUGAACCACCGCCUGCUCUUCAGCGGCUACCAGCACCACCUGUCAGUCCGUGAGAACCCCAUCAUCAAGAACCUCAAGCCCGAGACGCUGAUCGACUCCUUCGAGCUGCUUUACUACUAUGACGAGUACCUGGGCCACUGCAUGUGGUACAUCCCCUUCUUCCUCAUAAUCUUCAUGUACUUCAGCGGCUGCUUCACUGCCACCAAGGCCGAGAGCUCAAUGCCAGGGGCGGCGCUGCUCCUGCUGGUGCCCAGUGGCCUGUACUACUGGUACCUGGUCACCGAGGGCCAGAUCUUCAUCCUCUUCAUCUUCACCUUCUUCGCCAUGCUGGCCCUCGUCCUGCAUCAGAAGCGCAAACGCCUCUUCCCGGACAGCAACGGCCUCUUCCUCCUCUACUCCUUUGCCCUCACUCUCCUGCUUGUGGCACUCUGGGUCGCCUGGCUGUGGAAUGACCCUGUACUCAGGAAGAAGUACCCGGGCGUCAUCUACGUCCCUGAGCCCUGGGCCUUCUACACCCUCCAUGUCAGCAGCCGACGCUGAGUCCCUGGCAUCAGCCGCUGGUGCUCUUUCGGGCAGGAGAUGGGCCAUAGAGGGUGUCUGAACAUGGUGUGUGUGUGUGUGUGUGCGCGCGCAUGUCCACGUACAUGUGUGUAACAACAUGAGUGAGAGUACACAUGGAUAGGUGUGUGUGUGCGUGUGUACGUGUGCAUGUGUGGAGUACAUCACCAGGAGAUUCAGUUGUUUUGGUCAAGGUUCUGUUUGAUUUGGAUCUCUCCAGGGCGUGAUUUCGUUUUAGGCAGUGUGUCAGGCCAAGAUACGGGCACUGCCUUCCUGUGCACCUUCCUGACUGGAGUUGGGGCCCCUCUCACUCUUGCUGAUCAGGGCUGACCCCUUCUUCCUGGGAAGUCCUCUGGUACCCCUACAGGAGAGGCCUGGGUGGGCCCAUGGGGAGGCGAUUUGGUGUGUCACCCACUAACUGGCUUGGAUGAGUAUUUCUGUCACUGUCCUCGUACCCUGAAAGGGGUGUGUGCACCCCGGGUCCUCACCCUACCUCAGGUUGCAUGGGGUGUUGAGCCACCCAACCUUGACAAUCCACAGGCCAGCCCACUCCCCUAACCACUAGCCUGAUCUUGGGGUCUGGCAGUGGUAGCUUUCCAACCACUUCUGCUGGAAGCUCUGUCUCCCUCCUUUGCCUCCAAGAGAAUUGUGGAGCCUGCUUCUGUCACCCCUACUGCAGGGUUUGAGCUGCAGCUGGUGGCAGUUCUCAGAGACCUGCACUAUUCCCUGAACUCCUUUGGGGGGUGGGUAUCGAGGCUCUUCAGUCAGCCUUGUCUCAGUCUGAAUCUCAAGCUUUCUGCCAGGGCCCUGGUCCCAGAAAAGGGAGGCCUCAUUCCCAGCAGGACACCCCCCUCUCCCACUUCUCCCAGGCACUGCAAACUUCUCACCCAGCAGCAGGCCUCAUAGCCUCACCUCCAGCUGGCACUGGCCCAUGUGUGCCUGUGGGUCUCAGGGGGCCUGCCUUGCCUUCCCCAGGCCUGCCUUCUCUCCUGUGUUCUCAGGGAGCCCCGUGCCUCAGAUUCUCCUUUCAUGCUGGAGUCCCUCUGCAGCCCUCUUAGAGGUCCCCCAGCCUCUGGUCAGUCCCUGUCUGAGAGGUGUGAAUAAAGGCAGUGUGAAGCCAAGCCUGGGCUGCUGCUUUGAGAAUUUGGGAAGCAGGAGGGAGGGAUGUCCCUAGGGCAUGGGGGAGAGUGGCUGGUCUGGGGCCCAGGCAGAAGUGCUCGGCAGACCCCAAGGGCCCACUCAGCUCCGUCUGGCUGCUGGCCCUCCAUGCCACUUUGUAGGAUCCCUGGGUUGGGGAGAGGUGGGGCCAAGAAGGGCCUCAAUCAGUGGGGUCCCAGCCCUCUUUGGAGGAGUGUGGGGGUGUGGGCCAGGAUAGGGCAUCUCCAGGCCUGCCCCUCAGAGAUGCCACAUGGGGCCUCAGCUGUGCUGUCAGCCUGGUCCAGAGGCUGACACAGAGAGGGAGCCCUGGGGGAAGUAGGGAGGCUGGUUUGUUGGAGGUCAGUUCUUAGCCUCGGGCCAACCAUUUGAUCUCUCAGGGCCUCAGCUCUUGAUCUUCAAAGGUCUCAGCCUCUGCCCGCAGGCAGUUUCAGUCACCGGUAACUUACUGGGCACUGUUAUCAGACAACACAGAGGAGGGGCAGCUGGCCAGGAGACUUUCCACACCAUUAAGCGCUAGCGCCCCUACCUGCCCAGCAACCUCAUUCGAUACCUUCCCUACCUGGAGGACACUGCUGUCUAACCCCCCUGGGACCUAUUCACAGAAGGACUUAAUAGAUAUUUCUGAUCAGGUGCAGGCCUAGUUGUGUGGGACUCAAAAGUUAUAUAAUUUGAGGGGACCUUAAUAAGAAAACAGUAAAAACAAAAAAAGAAUCAAAAAUUAGGGAUGAAAGUGAGCACAUUGACCCCUGAACAACAUGGGGGUUAGGGGUACUGACCCCCUGCAGAGUCAGAAUUCCACAUAAUAACUUUUGAUUCCCCCCAAACUUAACUGCAGUUGGUCCUUUAUGUCCUUGGGUUUCACAUUGAUGUAUCCAAACUGUAUUUUCUUUCCUUGUUUUGUUUUUUAGUAUUUUGGCAAACUUGAAUCUUUUUAAAAUUUAUUUUAGAGAGA